AUGGGGGACAGCAGGGCGAGCUGGUGCCUGGCGCUGGCGCUGCUGCUGCUGCCGGGUAGUCUGGGCAAGCCGACAGCGUGGCAGGAGCGGCCGCGGCCCGGCGCCACGCAGCACGAGGACCGGUCGGGCUUCCAGUACGACCAUGAGGCCUUCCUGGGCAAGGAGGAGGCGCGGAGCUUCGACCAGCUCAGCCCGGAGGAGAGCCGGCAGCGUCUGGGGAAGAUUGUGGAUAGAAUAGAUGAUGACAAAGAUGGCUAUCUCACAACAGAGGAACUAAAAACCUGGAUUAAACGGGUACAGAAGCGCUACAUUUAUGAAAAUGUGGCUAAAGUUUGGAAGGACUAUGAUCUAAACAAGGACAAUAAAAUUGCCUGGGAAGAAUACAAACAAGCCACAUACGGUUAUUAUCUAGAAAAUCCAGAAGAAUUCCAAGAUGCAACUGAUCAGCACAGUUUUAAGAAAAUGCUGCCUAGAGAUGAAAGACGAUUCAAAACUGCAGAUCUGGAUGGAGAUUUAGCUGCUACCCGUGAAGAAUUCACUGCUUUCCUUCACCCAGAGGAGUUUGAGCAUAUGAAAAACAUCGUUGUCUUAGAAACCUUAGAAGAUAUAGACAAAAAUGAGGAUGGUUUCGUGGAUCAAGAUGAGUACAUUGCUGAUAUGUUUGCAAAUGAAGAGGGUGGACCAGAGCCUGACUGGGUAAUCACAGAGCGGGAGCAGUUUGCAGAUUUCCGUGAUCUCAACAAGGAUGGAAAGAUGGACAAAGAAGAAAUUCAGCACUGGAUUCUCCCACAAGACUAUGAUCAUGCACUAGCUGAAGCCAGGCACUUAGUCUAUGAAUCAGAUGUAGACAAGGAUCAAAAACUAACAAAAGAGGAGGUUCUGGACAACUGGAAUAUGUUCGUUGGAAGUCAAGCUACUAAUUAUGGGGAGGACCUCACAAGAAACCAUGAUGAACUAUGA